AGCAAUGAUCAAUGCUUAAGUUGCACUAUAUCAAUAAACAUUGUAAUACUGUGGACUGAGCAGGAUGAGCUAGUCAUGCAGUCACGCUGCAGGCAUGAUUGCGCUUCCUUUUUCCGCCCCCUUUCUUGUGCUGUUGUACUAGACUGGCAUCGUCGACUCUAGCCCGACCAAGCUCAAUCGUAGAUUGCACGUUGUUCUGGGAAGCUGCUGUCAUUUUCUUCAACACAAUAGGCGUGAUCAACGGACUAUAGUUCAACUGACUCUGUACGCGAUUGGCUGGUUGCCGUCGCUUCCCUAUUGUCAUUGUAUUAAACCAGGCAAUAGCGCGCCAAGGGGAGAAGACAGCUUGGUGAUUGGCAUCCGCAUAACGUAUCGGAAGCAGAAAGAAAUGUAUUGCUCUCUUCUCCAGACCCCAUAGGUUCAUUGCUCCAAACCCAUGCGCAGGGCGAACUCAAAUCACCGGCAGAAUGGGCGGGGCUACCCAUUCUACUGUUGUACCGCCAUGGACCUUUAAUAACACUCCUGAAUGGCCGUCGAGUAAUCUGAAUCCAGAAGGUGGCGCUAUUUGUAUAUAAAUGUUUCUCCUUGAAAGCUGCAGCACCUUAAAAGUAAUCCAAUACAGCCAUAUCCACCACCCCAGUGAAAUGUUAUUAAAAAAAAAUUGGUUUACAUUAUUUAUUAGAAGUAGGUGCAAAAAAAAUGGGAAUGGGCAGGGAAAUACUUCUGUUCACUCACAUAUUCAUGAAAAUGUUCAUUUAAAGUAGGCCUAGUUAAUUGAUCCAUGUAUCCAAUUUCCCUAAAAGCCUUGCCCUUUACCUCUUCUAGAUUUGGAAAUCCACCCAUUCACUCAAAAACAGACAUAUUGUCUAGCCCUUUCCGUUGGCUACAAUAUCGUUUUAAUCUGCAUUUAAUCUGAGUUUAUAAAGAAAAAAAAAAACUACUUUUCUUUCUCGUUGAAUGAAUGCCCCACCUGACGCACCUGCCAAGGCCAGGCAAGCACAGUCGAAAUGCGUUUAUCUUCAAAUGCAGAAUGUUAACGUAGGCUACAUAAAACAAAAUGCAACAAAUUAUCGCAUCAUUCUUUGAAGUGAUAAAUACUAUGAAUAUAAAUGUUGUGUGGCUUGGGUUUAGGCCUACUUCUUACUCGCUGAAAUGUAGCAGCUUCGUUUUGGACCUUUUCAACGUAACUUUUGUUACACAGUGAUCUCAGGGGGGUUGAGACACAAAAAGUGUGGCCAAACUCAGGACCAUCACAGACUUCGGCGGACUACCACAGAGUAGCAUUUCAGCUUCUGCUCGAAUAGUUUUAAGUGAUGCCGGACUGGUUCGCUGCUGUUUGUGUUGUUUUGCUUUAACUUGGGUGCAACAUUGAAUUCUUUAUUUUGCAAUGGCGACCUAAUGAUACACUUGAUUAUGGACGUUCCUGGACCGCGGAGAAUACAUUUCAAUGUGUUUUUGAUGUACAUGGUGAGUGAACCUUUUUAUUUUAUAAAUUAUUAGUCAUUUUUUAACCAUAACUUGUAGUAAGACAUUCAAUAGUUGGAUACUGAAUCCAGAGUCCAAAGCAUGAAUAAAAUACCACAACACGAAUACAUAGAAACAUAAUGCAAUGAGUUAAUUGACAAUGGUUCAUAGCAACAAAAAAUGCAUUCCAAGCUCAUAUACCGAGCAAGUUUGACCCACCAAGCUUUAGCUAUCCAGAUAUUAUUUGAGAGACCUCGAGUCUUUUGGUCAUCAUUAUCGAAUGUUUCUGUAUUUUGCUUAAGAUUCUUAAAUACACAUGGUGUAUUGGCCCUCCGGUUACCAGUGGCUUAGAUGGGACUGGUGGGAGAAGGCCGCGGGCUGGGCAGGUCCAGCUCCAUCCGGCUCACCCCUCCUGGUACAGCAGCAGCACCAGCCAAGCAACUGCGCUUCAGGAUGCGCUGGUGUCACAUCAGUCCCCUAGCCGUCGGCAAAGACCGAUGCCUCUCGUUCAGCCAGUCUAUUCCUUCCAAGUGACAGAAGACACAAUACCAGGAGCGGUAGUGGGAAGGCUGCAGGCAGUGAACCGGGAGAGCAAAAGGCCAGUCAAGUACUCUGUGCUGGUGGACGACGGGGACAAACUCUUUCUGUUGAACCGCCUCUCUGGGGACUUCCUAUUGUCCCGCGGCCUGGAUUUCGAAAUGCAGAAAUUCUACAUUCUCACGGUGGGGGUCCAGGAAGAGGGGGGUCCGCUAUCGGGUGUCAGGGUUUACUUCAACGUACUGGACGUCAACGACAACCCCCCAGAGUUUAAACCGGACACCUGCUCUACUUCGCUGCCCGAGGACACGGCCACUGGGACCUGCUUUCUUCUGCUAAAUGUCCACGAUAAAGACGCAGAUGAGCAUAGUAAGUUGGACCUUCGAAUUUCCGCUGGGGAUGAUGAGCAUGUGUUCUCUUUGGAUCCCGCUGGCAGAUUAUGCCUGAACAGUGAGCUAGACAGAGAGAAGAAACCCUCCUACAAUCUGACAGUGACAGCCAGCGACUGUCCACAGAUCUUUUCUCAGCGAUUCACCAGCACAGCGCAGGUUUUCAUCUCAGUUCAGGACAUAAAUGACAAUGCCCCCGUCUUCACGGCCGCCCCGAGUGUUGCUAUUCUAGAGGAUUCUGCUCUCCACUUGCUCAUUACAACCGUCCACGCACAGGAUGCAGACUCAGGGUCCAACGGAGAGGUGUUGUACUAUUUAAACGACUCAACCUCGAGCGCUUGGGUCAGCGUUCACAACACGAGCGGACACGUGCAUCUGCGGCAGCUGCUGGACAGGGAACGGGAUGAGGCCUUCACCGUCGCAAUAACAGCCGUCGAUAAGGGCUCCCCGCAGAUGGAGAGUACCAUGAACCUCACCGUGCACAUAGAGGAUGUGAAUGACCACCAUCCAGAGUUCCCACAGCGGUCUUACAGCCUGUCUGUGAGAGAGGACAUACCCAGGGGCAGCAGCGUAUUCCGGGCUCAGGCUUGGGAUGCAGAUCUGGGCGCCAACGGGGAAGUGCGGUACACACUUUCCCAGACAAGUCCGUUUGCGAUGGACGCUGUCCGGGGGGUCAUCAUAGUGAUGGAGGAGCUGGACAGGGAGAGGCAAUCCAAUUACACACUAACUGUGCUGGCCGGAGACAGAGGCAGCCCACCAAGAUCUUCUGCUGCUGUCAUAGACAUCUCUGUCUCGGACGUCAAUGAUUUCACGCCUGUCUUUUCCCCAGCGACACAGACAGUACGUGUCAUGGAGAAUGAGGAGGACCUCUCUCAGUUCACUCAGUUGAUAUCUGCAUGGGAUGAAGAUGUAGGCAUCAAUAGUCAGCUCACGUAUUGGACACAAAGUGGAAAUGAAGACAGUGUGUUCUCUCUCUCGCCCAAUGGCACCUUCCAUGUCUUAAACAUCCUAGACAGGGAGAAACAACCACAGUAUAUCUUGAGUAUUAUUGCUGUUGAUGCAGGCUGGCCACCUUUAACUGGGACUCUAACCCUAGAGGUAGUAGUUGAUGAUGAGAAUGAUAACAGACCCCAGUUUCAUGAGGAUGUCUACAACACCAUCAUUACAGAGGAUAGCCCGGCAGGCACUGUGUUUGCCAUCAUCACUGCGACGGAUCUAGAUCAAGGUGUCAAUGGAGAACUAUGGUACUCCAUCGUCGGGCCAGAUUCACCCUUCUCCAUUGGAGGAACGUCUGGAGAGCUGUCCACCACUGAUGUUCUGGACCGAGAGACAGUUGCCAUCUACAACUUGACGGUCAUCUGCAGCGAUAAGCAUUCUACCAAUCCUUUGUCCAGCUCAGUGCUUGUAAACGUACUUGUUGGGGAUGUGAAUGAUCACUGGCCCCAUUUCCAAAACAGUCCUUAUGUGGCCCAUGUACCUACUGCCAUGGAUCCAGAAUCUGUGGUUUGUACGGUGAGAGCAACUGAUGGGGACACUGAGAUGAACGCAGAACUCAAGUUUUCUUUAUAUGGACCAAACGUUGAUGUGGUUACAAUCGACCCACGCAGCGGGACCGUGUUCACGUCAGGUUUUCUCACAGGAAGGGAGGGCCUAACGAUAGAUGUACAUGUUGAAGAUAGUGGAGAAGUUCCGCAUUUUGACAUUACCACUAUCAGUGUAAUAUUUCACAAUGGCUCAGAAUUCCCAGUGGUUAAUGUUGACAUUCUUAGAAAAUUCAUUUUUGAGGAUGCACCAGUUGGAACCCUGGUGGCGAUUGUCAAUGCAACAAGUCCAAGGCCAGAGCCGUUUUACUUUUACCUUGCCUCUGGAGACACCGAAGAGAUUUUUCAAAUGGACGAGUCAAGCGGUGAGCUAACAGUACAGAACCCAUUGGAUUAUGAAAACAAGAAGGGUUUUACCUUGUUGGUAGAAGCGAGAGACUCUGGAUCCCCACCAUUCUCGUCUUUUGCAGAGUUCCACGUAAACAUCAGUGAUGUGAACGAUAACUUCCCACAGUUCAUGCAAAGUGAGUUCCGCUGUGACAUCUUUGAGAAUUUGCAGCCAAUGUGGGUUUGCGAUGUUCUUGCCAUUGAUGCUGACACUGGAAGUUAUGGUAUGGUGCACCACAGCAUUGUGGAGGGAAACCCUGACAGCCAUUUCAUCAUUGAUUCUGAGACUGGUGAACUGAGUACCACCAUAAGUUUAGAUCGAGAGGUGAUUGCAGAUUACAAUUUGACGGUUGAGGCAAUAGACCAAGAUAACCCUCAUCACAGGGCCAGCGCAACUGUGAUUGUCGUUGUUUUAGACAGAAACGACCACCCACCUCGAUUUUCCCAGAUUUUUAGGACAGAAAUACCAGAGGACGCUCCUAUUGGACAACCGGUUGUACAAGUUAUCUCAGCUGAUGAUGACAUUGAUGAAAAUGCGGAGAUUACUUUCUCAAUAAUCCAACAUAAUGACAUCCCUUUCAUUAUUGAUAACAACUAUGGCCUCAUAACUGUCAUUGGGCUCCUUGACAGAGAGAAACAGGACCAUUAUAUAGUGCGAGUUAAUGCAAAUGAUUCUGCAUGGAGCAUAAGUACUGAUGUCACUAUAGUCAUAUUAGACGUCAAUGACAACAAACCGGUGUUUUCACAUACCGCCCCCACUGUAAUCUUACCAGAAACAAAAGCUCAAGAGGAGUUUGUGUUUCGAGUUAUGACAAUAGAUGCAGAUACAGGGAAAAACAGUGAGGUUGUGUAUACAAUUGAACCCCCAGUUGACCACUUCUGGGUCAAUGCAACUUCAGGGGAAAUUUAUACAAACCAACUAAUGGCUUUACAUCAUUCUCCCUUUGAGGUUUUUAAUUUCACAGUUUUUGCAUACGAUUGUGGAAUAACGUCAUUAUUUGCUAGCACCACUGUAACAGUAAGAUUAGUGCCGUAUAACUACCAUCCACCCAUCUUUCUGCUUUCACCCUCAAAAGUGUCCAUACCCUUUGACAUGCCAAUAGGAACUGAGGUGGUUCAGUUUUUAGCAGUAGAUAACGAUUCUGAUGAGAUUGAGUAUGGUUUAAAGAAUGGAAAGGCCUCAGAUAUGUUUUGGAUUCAGGCAGAUUUUGGAAAAAUAACACUAAAUGGAAGUCUGAGGGAACAUCUUGGUGAAGUUUGGACAUUGUCAGUUACUGCCAAAGAUAGCGGACACCCUCCUUUGACCUCACAGGUUGAAAUCACUAUUGAAAUUAUUGCAAGGAAUCACUUCUCACCAAGCUUUGCAGAACCAGUUGCUAUAUUUUCCAUUCCUGAGGAUUUACGCGUAGGUUCAGUUAUCGGAAAAAUACAGGCAGAGGAUGAGGAUUCAGGUGCCAAUGGUGUGAUCACAUAUUCCAUUAGACAAGAUCUUGAAUAUUUACCAUUCUCCCUGGGGAAAAGUUCGGCUUUGCUAUCACUGAUCCGAGAGCUGGACUUUGAGAAGCAACGACUGUAUCAUUUUCAAAUAGAAGCUGUUGAUGGAGGUUGGUCAUCAAAGAUAGGGAUGACAAACAUGACUGUGAAUAUUGUUGAUGUGAAUGACAAUCCUCCAGCAUUUGGAGAAUUGGAAUACAUUGCCUCAGUACCAGAAAACUCUGGGAUUGGAACGAUUGUCUUCAUUGCAAAGGCCACGGAUCCUGACUCAACAACAAAUGCACAGAUAACCUACAGUCUAAUCUCUGGGGAUGUGGAGAGGUUCUCAGUUGACUCAGUAAAUGGCACCAUCACCACUGCAGACGUCUGUGAUUAUGAACAGGAGGAGAUCUUUGAUGUCACGGUCAAAGCAUCCAACAUGGGAGCACCCGCUUUGUUCAGCGUGGCGCAUGUGGUCAUCAACAUCCUUGAUGUCAACGAGUUUAUCCCGACAUUCAGAACCAAAGAAUAUGACUUUUCGGUAUUUACACAUGAUCCUAUAGGAACUAGAGUAGGACAAGUCACAGCAACCGAUUUAGAUCAAGGCCCAGAGGGUGAGGUUUUCUAUUUAUUGUUAGGCCUAAACCAAAACCUGGGAUUUGAGAUCGACCGACAUUCUGGAGAAAUAUAUACCACUGGCAGUUUGAGGAUGCAUGGAAACAGCCCUGCAGCUCUAACAGUUUUGGCAAAGAACCGGGGAAUUAUCAGCGGCACCAAUGUAGACGAAUGUUCAGUCCGGAUCAGCAUCAUAGAAAUUAAUAAUGCACCUGAGUUCACUCCCACUAUCUACUUGAUCAAUGUCAGGGAAAACAUUGCCAUUGGUACAUCAAUAGUUAGAGUGAGUGCCGUGGAUCAGGACUCAAUCUGGUACUGGAGCCAGUUCUUCUUUAGCAUUGAGCAUGGCAACAUAAACACAGCUUUUGCCAUUCAUCCCCUCAGUGGUGUUAUUUCAGUUCACUCACUGCUAGAUAGGGAACAGUGGGCUCAUUAUAAUCUCUCUGUCACAGCCACCGAUAAGGGCACCCCUCCUGCAACUGGGACCGCUAAUGUCCUUGUGACUGUCGAUGACAUCAAUGACAACGCCCCAACACUGGGGGUCACCCAGGCUCAGGUGAAAGAAAAUCAGCCUCAGGGCACCAUAGUGGCAAGGUUAAAUGCAUCUGAUUCGGAUUUGCCACCAAAUCAAGGGCCUUUCACCUUUUGGGUUGUGAAGCCUAUGAUGGGGAGUGCAUUUUCUCUAACAGCCGAUGGAGUUUUAUUUACCACAAGGUCUCUGGAUCGUGAAGUCUACUCUGUUUAUCAUGUAGCUGUGGCUGUAAGGGAUGCCGGGACCCCCCCUCUGACAUCAACCACAGUGUUUCAUAUCAGUGUUCUGGAUGAAAAUGACAACCCUUACAUGCAGCGGAGUAUUCAUAUCGAAGUUAAGUAUUACGGCAGUUCUUUUCAAGGAGGUAGGAUUGGUCAUGUAAAUCUACAGGGCGAUGACGUGGCCCAUACCUUUAAUUGCAGCAUUAAAACCGGGCGUUCUAAUAUGUUCGACAUCCCAUACGGCACGUGUGAACUAUGGUCUGCUCCUUUUCAAGGGGAGGCAACCUAUAACAUCACCAUCGAAGCAACAGACCUGUUUCACUUCCCGGUCAACCACAGUGUCUAUGUGAACUACAAAGGGUUUACAAAUGCUUCCAUGGAUAGUUGUAUACUCUUCUAUGUGUCAUCCUCUUCGAUACAUGAGUUCUUAACUCACAAGUAUUUGACAUUUGUGAAAGCUCUGGAUAGUCUUUUUAACCUACAAGCAUCCAAGACCCACGUGUUUGGAAUCAAGGUGCUCGAGACCGAAAUCCUUUUGUUGGCCGCUGUCAAGAGCUACAACGGUCAGUACCUCAGCCGAGAGCUGGCUAGUGGUAUUUCAACAGGCCACAGGAAGCUGCUAGAGGCUCAAACCAACGUCACAAUAUCUCACAUCACCAGUGAUCCUUGUCUGACUGUUCCAUGUCAAAAUGGCGCUACCUGCGGCAAAAACAUUCACAUCGGUCCAAACGUUGCUGUGCUUGAAAGCUCUACAGUAAUUUUUGCGUCACCACAGAUGGAAAUAUUUAACUGCACCUGUUUGGCAGGCUUCACUGGGACGCUGUGUGAGGCAGACAUUGAUGAAUGUGAAAGCAAUCCCUGUAGAAAUGAAGGCACCUGUGUGAACAACCAUGGGGGAUUCUAUUGCCACUGCCAGAACGGAUUCUUUGGGCCUUUCUGUACCACUGAUUUUGAUGAAUGCCCCACUCAGAAGUGCCAAAAUGGAGGCAGCUGUGUUAAAGCUCAAGAUGGCUUCCACUGCCUUUGUGAUGCUGGAUAUAAAGGGGACGCUUGCGAGCAGUUGGUUGACCACUGUGAAUCAGGCCCCUGUAUCCAGGGCAAGUGUAUCAAUUCUCUGAUGGGAUUUCUCUGUCAAUGUCCUUUUGGCGUCAGUGGGGUGCGCUGUGAGCAUGACAGCAUUGGCUUCGAGGAGCUGUCCUUCAUGGAGUUCCCACCACUGGAUCCCAGGAGUAAUCUGAUCUCUGUUGAAGUGGCCACUGUGCAGCAGAACUGCCUGCUCCUGUACAACACUGGGGGGGCCUCAUACCAGGACUUUAUAGCGCUGGAGUUGGUGGAAGGGAGGGUUUGCCUUUCCUUUGACCUGGGAGCAGGGCCAGUGAGGCUGGAGACUGGGAAGAGAGUAGCGGACGGCCUUUUUCACAGCAUCACUGUCAAAAGGAUCGGCAAUAUUGGCUCCGUACUGGUGGAUGGAUGCACAGAUGUUGACCCUGAUAGAUUUUGCUCUUCUCAAAGUGAUGGCUUUGGUUCAGAAAGGAUACUGAAUGUUGGCAGUGGAAACAUGACGUUUGGGGGACUGAGGUCUAUUGGAGUUCUGUUAGUGCACCCUGGUCAGGUUCGAACCCAUGACUUUGUUGGGUGCGCACGAAACAUUCAUGUGAACGGCAGGGCCCUGACCCCCGACAUGGCCCUUGGAGCCCACAACAUCCUUCAGAGGUGUCCCAGGAAAAUUAUUCCACCAUGUCAAAGCAGUCCAUGCCAAAAUGGCGGCCUUUGCCAUGACCGUUGGUCUCACUCUGUUUGUGAGUGCAAAUCUCUUUACACAGGAAGCAACUGUGCCACAGAAAUAUCAGAGGACGUUGUGUUACACUUCAGUGGGAAAGACUACAUUGAAUGUGUCUUUAAGGAGCGAUAUAAGAGAGACAUCCUACUGAAAGAUCUGAAGUAUGAUGGGCUCCAUGAUGAAGUAACAAACAAAUACUCAACCCUCAUCGAGAUUAAAUUCAAGACUCGGAAUAAUGGAGUUCUCAUGUCUGUUAUUGGAAAUAAUGGAUAUACAAUGCUAAUGCUAAAGGACCAAAAACUGCAUUUCACGUUGGACACCACCUCAGGGUUUGCUGUGGAAGCCCCCGUUGCAGACGGACUCUGGCACAUCCUCUCUGUAAUAAGUGAUGGGCAGAACGCAGUGUUCUAUUUGGACGAACAAGCCAUCCUGAACACGACCAGAGGAAUUGAUAUCACCCCAGUCACUUUGGACAGAAUAGUCCUUGGGCGUGCGGUUCCACAAUUAAGAUCAAGGCUACAACUCUCAGGGUUCUCUGGGUGUGUGGAGUACUUCAAGGUGGCGGGCUACACCCUGCCAGGGAGCGGACACAGCGACAUGAUGGAGGUGAUACCGAGCCCCUCCCUGCUCCAGACAAGCUGUCCGUCCUCCUCCUCCUGCCUUCCUUCUCCCUGCCCUGCAGACAACUAUACCUGGCUGGGGGAUGAAGCCAUCUCCCCACAAAGCCCAGAAAAUGGCUGGUGGCAGGCUUGUGGAGCACCUGGCCAGGAGAGCACCUGGGCCUGCAUCUGUCUCCACAACUCCAGCAGCAUGUCAUGUGACGUCUGUACCUCAGCGAGGGACCGGGGAGAUGGAUGUUCCUCCGACCGAUGGGGCGCACCUCUGUGGGUUAUUGCCGUGCUGCUUCUGCUUCUCGCCGUGGCCGUGGUGAUAACUUUGUUUUAUACCCUGAGACACCUCAGAGCAAGACAGGAUGUGUGGUGGUGUCAAAAUAAAAGCUCCCCUCAGAGGACCACCACACAUGGUACAGAGAAUUACGUUUUUGCUUCUGAUGACGUUAUAUCUGUGAGGGUUGGCGAGACAUUGGAGGAACGCAGACCUCCGGACAUCAUAUUGAACGAGAAUCAGGGUUCAGGUGUGGGGGUGUACCAUGAAUCUGAUGCCACAGUUGGACAGCGGCUCCCACAGGGAAGUGAACUGGACUACUAUGAAAUCGACAGUUACAGCAUCACUUUCCAUUCUGACACAGAUUCUCUGAAACGACGCGCGACAAAGCAUUGCGAUGGUCCGUGCUGCACAAGAGCUGAUCCGGGAGGAAGAGGUCGUGACAUUCAGCCCCUUUCGGAUUCUAAGAAAUCUCCCUUAAGCCACGGGAGGACCACAAAAUCUGAGCGGUUAUCACCAUCGCUACACCCUGAGCUGAGACCGUACGUGGAUACCUAUCAUUUGCUGCCCUGUCACCCACAGGGGCCAAAGCGAUCAGUGGGCCCAGGGCCCGUGCAAGCUCUCUCUGCAGAGGAGGUCCGUCAGUUGAAUGAUGCUCCCCAGCAGAUAGUGAGGCCAAGUACGAUCACACCCACUGCAGCAAAUGAUAUCUCAGCUGAUUGUGGAGCAGGAAGUGGUUCAGAGUUUGAGCACGGACAGCACGCUGUCACCGAGCACACAGACUUCACAGAUAGCCAGUUGGCUCCUGGGAGCCUGAUAUCAAAACAUCCAUGCAACUCUUCGCCCGCCAGAGCUCCUGCAGAAUGGGAGAGUCUCCUGAAUACUUGUGUAAAAUUCAGUGCUUUCGCUGGUGUUUUUGAGGAUAUCGCCUCUCUUCCCAGUGAAAUCAAGUGUGAUACACACACUGACUUGGUAGAAUUUAUUUGACUCAUAUUGUCGUAUUGUAAUAUGGUUAUUGUGGAUUUCUGUGGAAUUGCAAAAACAUUUCUAAUGAAAGUCAAUAACCAAAUGUAAUAUUUGUUCUAAUCAAUCCUAUCAUUUUUCGUAUUGGUCAUCAAAACGAUAUUUGUUUAAUUCAGUAGUAGGCCUAAUCAUAGCCAGUGGUGGAUGUUCUUAUUUUUCACUUGUAUCGAUCUAGUUUAUUUUCAAAGGGUGCAUUGGCAACAAACGAUUUGCUUUGUUAAAAAAAUAAAAUUGAAAUAACAGUUGAAUGAAG